CACGGUCUUGGGUGAUGAUAGUAACCGUAAGCAGUCUUUACGACAUAUUCCACUGCUUAUUUACUCACUCAGUGUUGUGACAGCCAGUGCAGAAGUGUUAACAACUGAGUAAAUCACAGACUAUUUAUAAUAGUUAGGCACCACGUAGACGAUGUGUUUGAGUUAAGGACCGAAUAUUGUAGUAGCUACUAACUGAAAAUGACAAAAAUAUGGGUUGCUGUUGUGGCAAUAGCGUCAUUUUGCGCGUGCGACGCUUUCAAAAUCCUCGUGGUUUUCCCUUUUCCGAGCAAAAGUCAUGGGAUACUCGGUGAAGGAGUAGUGCGACUUCUGGCCAAUAGUGGGCAUGAGGUAACAUACAUAACUCCAUUUCCGGUAAAAAAUCCUCAUCCGAAUGUUACUCAGCUCGACGUGUCUGACCAGCCACCAUUACCAGAGGCCAAUUUAACUGCCAUAUUGAACAAAGAGCAGUCUUAUUCUGACAUAAGUAAAUUUUUUUAAAUGAUGACCGACAUGAACAUAGCGACGAUUUUGAAUAAGAACGUCCAAACUCUAAUUAACGACCCAAAGCAGACCUUCGACGUAGUGGUAGCAGAAUGGAUGGUAAAUGAAUUAUUUGCUGGGCUCGCAGCAGUGUUCGAUUGCCCCUACAUCUGGUUGUCCACGGUGGAGCCCCACUCGUUCAUACUAGAGCUGAUAGACGACACCCUGAACCCGUCCUACAACCCGGGCAUCAUAUCCGCAGCAGUGCCGCCGUUCAGCUUCACUCAACGCUUGAAAGAGCUGGCUUUUCACAUAGGCAGCGGUCUCAUAAAAACUUUCUACUUUAAUAAGAUUGACGAGGAAAACUACAAAAUGUUAUUUGAAGAGGUGAUACGAAAGAGAGGCAGGGUCGCACCUUCGUUUUCCGAGUUGCGGUACAAUACAUCAUUGGUCCUGGGCAACUCCCACGUGUCCCUGGGGCGGCCCACGAGGCUCCCGCAGAACUACAAGCCCGUCCGGGGGUACCACAUCAACCCUGAGAUUAAACCGCUACCGAACGACCUUCAAAAACUACUGGAUAACGCCAAGAAUGGCUUGAUAUUCUUCAGCCUGGGUUCGAACGUGAAAAGCAAAUACAUGCCGGAAAACUUGAAGAGGAACCUUUUGAAAGUGUUCGCAGGACUGAAGCAGACUGUGUUGUGGAAAUUCGAGGAAAACCUGUCUAACCUGCCUAGUAAUGUGCACAUCGUACAAUGGGCCCCACAGCCCAGUAUUCUGGCUCAUCCUAAUUGCAUAUUGUUCAUCACUCAUGGAGGAUCGUUGUCCCUCACCGAAGCGGUUUAUUUUGCGAAGCCUAUAAUCGGUGUACCGGUGUUAGCAGACCAGUUCACCAAUGUCGGAAUGGCUAUUAAUUUGGGCAUCGGCUUGAAAGUGGACCUCUCCUAUGAUAUGGCCGACGACCUGAAAGUGGCUUUAGGGGAAGCGCUUAGCAGUUCAAGCUAUACUGCCAAGGCUAAGGAGUUAUCACUCAUAUACCACCACCGGCCUGCGACUCCAGCUGCAGAGCUGGUGCACUGGGUGGAGCACGUGGUGUUGACACAUGGAGCCCCCCAUUUGCGCUCAGCAGCCCUAACCACACCCUGGUAUCAGAAGGUCUACUUGGAUCUGAUCGCAGUGAUCUUAGCGGUCUUCUACGUCCUCAAAUUUACAAUCAGUAGACUAUUCGGGAGAAAAUCUACGCAAAAGAAACAUAAGGUCAACUAAACUGUGAUUUUUGUAGGUUAUUUAAUCUAUGCAUUUAAGAUAGUCAAGUAAGGCUCGUAUUAUAGAAAGAUUCUCAGUGAUUGAUCUAGUCUUAAGCAUAGUUAGAAAGGGAUGUCGCUGUAUAUAGCACAUAGCGACAUUCCUUUCUUACUGCACACAAGUAAAGAUCAACACUUAGUUGUCUUUCUGUAAUACGGGCCUAAAUGUAUAACAUUGUUGAAAAUUUGUUGUUUGUGAGUUUUUUUACUUGGGAUCUUUUAGGUGUGCGUUUAUAGA